CAGAAUAGAGUUUCCCAGUUCCGAGUGUAACUGGAACGCAGCAUCGGUGUUGUGCUGCUAACGAGCCAUCAUUUGAUCCAGCUGUGUUGAACUGCUAACAUGCACGAGGACUGACUAUGGACACCCACGAGCUCGUUACCCACCUCUAACACCAAGAAUGUGACGUUCACCUUCAGCGGUCGACCCUUUUCCCUCCACGUGAGCGGGAACUCGCUUCCUCGUGCUCGUCAUCACUAUCAGCUGGACAAGCCACCGGCAAAGUGUCCAGCCAGCAGAAGGAAACCAACCGCAGGCGGCCGAGAGGAGAUCGGUCUGCUCUCAAGGAGCCACCAUGAGGCUGCUGGACGAGCGGAUCUGGCUGCUAUUCAGGCGUCACUUGCUGCAAACUCUCACCUACUGGAGCGUGUUCUUCAGCUUCGGCCUGUGCAUCGCUUUCCUGGGGCCCACCAUCCUGGACCUGCGGUGCCAGACCCAGUCCACCUUGCAGCAGAUCACCUGGGUCUUCUUCUCGCAGCAGUUCUUUCUGCUCGUGGGUAGCAGCGUGGGCGGACUGUUCAAGAAAACCCUGCUGUCCUCCCUGUCGGCCCUCUUCGUCUCGGCGCUCAUCAUCUCCCUCGUUUUUGCCAUCAUACCGCUGUGUCACCGUGUGAUCCUGCUGUCCGUCGCCAUGGGAGUGGCGGGAGCCGCCAUGGGUGUCAUAGACACCAUCGGGAACCUGCAGCUGGUGAGGCUCUACCAGAAGGACUCUGCCGUCUUCCUGCAGGCUUUGCAUUUCUUCAUUGGCCUCGGAGCGUUGGUCAGCCCUCUGGUGGUCGACCCGUUCCUGGCGGAGGACAGCUGCGUCCUCUCAUCCAACUGGACUGCCAACUCGUCCGGCUCGGACCUGGAACACCUCCGGAACACCCUGGCCGGACACGGCGCCACGCUGCACAAUACCUCCCUGUACCCUCUGUACACGAAGGGCGUGGUCGUCACCAGGGUGUCGUACGCUUUCUGGAUCAUGGCUGUUAUCAAUCUCCCUGUCCCAGCAGCAGUCCUCGCAUUGAUGUUCCAGGAGAGACUGGUGCGGUGCUGCCAGAGCAGCCCCCCUCUGCUCAGCCAGAAGCCUGACAUCAGUUCCCAUCCCGCCAAGGAGCAACAGCAAGGACAUGGGGGACUACUGGACUGCUGCAGGCCCAGCAACCUGCAGGGCCACCCCGCUACCUUCUUCAUCAUUCACGCCCUGGGCGGAGCCAUCGUCUUCAUCACCGAUGGAAUUAUAGGCUGCUACGCCGGCUUCGUCUACACCUACGCCGUCUCCCCCCCUCUGCUCAUGGGCUACAAGGCAGCCGGCUGUCUGGACAGCGUAUUCUGGGCCUCCAUCACGGCAGGAAGGCUGUGCUUCAUCUUCUUCUCCUACCGAUACCCAGCACCGGCUCUGCUCUCCGUUAGUCUGGUGGGCAUCAUCCUGGUCCAGCUCCUGCUCCUGAUCUUCUACACCAGCCAUGUGUUUCUGUUCAUAGCCAGCUGUGUGCUGGGCCUGUGCAUCAGCAGCGUGUUCCCCUCCAUGCUGGCCUUCACUGAGGACGUCCUGGACUACAAAGGCUCCGCCACAAUCGUCCUGGUGACGAGCGCCAGCACAGGAGAGAUGCUGCUGCAGCUGCUUGUGGGAUCGGUGAUCCACAGUAAAGGCAGCUAUUCCUUCCUGUUGUGUACGACCAUAACAUCCUUCAUUGGCUUCUGUCUGUUCCUGCUGCUCCUCUACACCCACCGUGUUCACAGAAACCAUCAGACAGAUUCGUCUCCAUGUCUGGACAUGAAGGAUGAGCCAAAGAGCGGCGGCUCCUGAUGUCCAGACGUCUUGACAGCUGGACUGACUGCUUUAGUCUGAGGACGGUUCCUAAGCUCAGGGUUUCUGGGCUUGAGUCAGUGUGACAGAAUCAGAACCGCCGUUCCACUGUAACAUGGUACAACAAACACUUUAAACAGACACAUCAAACUUGAUCAAACUGCUUUAUUUAAAACCAAGGGAAACAUUUUUUCCUCUUGCUGCUAAUAUGAUAUUGUUGUUUUCUAUUGUUUUAUUUUUUGCCAUUUAGCCUUGAGGAAAAAGUAACAAUUAAAACAGGAGUUGGUUUCAUUUUUCAAGUGUUUAUUGAGCAGAAAUGUUUCUUUUCUUCUGUGGUAUAAAAAGAAAUAUAUCAGGUUGAUGAAGACCUGCUGUCUUUCACGAGAGCAACAGAAAAGUGUAACGGCUUUAUUUCAGCCAGCUGACUGGCAGGGCACAGCAACAGGCAGUGCUGGUUUCUUCUCACAGCAGUGUCCAAACCUUUUGUCACAUUUCCCAAGAUAUAAUAAUAAAAACAAUCCUAAAAUCACUGAAAAA